AUAAUCCCUUCCAAAUUCCAAAUUCUGCUUCUGCUUCUGCCCUAAAAUCCUUUAGCCAUUUCCCAUGGCUGCUCAAGCUCUCACUGAAUACGAGCGCCAGAGGCUCGAGAACAUUCGCCGCAACGAUGAAAUGAUGGCCGCCCUCAAGCUUCAAUCCAAAGCCUCUGAACUCUCCGCUGCCUCCAAGCGUCAAAGAGUCGAAACCAAAUCGGAAAAGGUUUAUCCGAAAACCAAACCUAAAAAUGAGACUCCAAUGGUUUUACGGCGCUCUUUGCGCGCUAGAGGAAUUCCCCCCGAUGCCAAAAAGGUCGUAGAUGAUCCUACUGAGCCGGCUACUAAGAUUCGGAAGUCAGAUACCAAGUCCAAGCCUUCGCCUCCCGUUUUAGGCCCUCUUGAAAUGAUUGAAGUUUGUAGUGAGAGGGAGUCUCAUCGGUCUUUGAUUGAAUCAAUUUUGGGUAUUUCGAAUAAAUCUCUGUUGUGUAGGUCAGUGAAAGAUGAUGUUAAGGAUUCAAAUGAGAUUAAGACUGAAGGAGGGGGAGAUGGGAGUUGUUUGAAGAUGGGGCCUAUUGAUAAUUAUUCGAAUUUAGUUAAGAGAGAGACUGAAGAACUUACCUGUGACAUUAAAGAUCACAAACAUAAGAAUGAUGGAAGUUGCUUAAAGCCUGCGUCUUUGGUUCUGAAUGCCGACAACAUAGCUCGGGUUGUGCCUGGGAGAAUAAUGGCAGUGAGGUUUUUCCCUUGUCGUGAUUCUAGAAUGAUUGUUGUAGGUAACAAGUUUGGGGAUGUUGGGUUUUGGAAUGCUGAUCACGAGGCAGAGGAAGGAAAUGGAGUUUAUUUAUAUCACCCUCAUUCGGGUCCCAUUUCUGGGAUUUCAAUUCAACGACAUGCAUUGUCGAAGGUUUAUACCAGUUGCUAUGAUGGAUUUAUACGAUUGAUGGAUGCAGAGAGAGAGAUGUUUGAUCUUGUGUAUCAUAAUGAAGAUACUAUAUACUCUCUCUCUCAACAAUCAAAUGAUGCAAACUGCUUAUAUUUUGCUGAGGGUCGUGGAGGGUUGAGAAUAUGGGAUAAAAGGACUGGAAACUGCCCAAUGGAAUGGACGUUGCAUGAAGAUAGGAUCAAUUCCAUCGAUUUUAAUGUAGAAAAUUGCAACAUCAUGGCUACUAGUUCUAGUGAUGGAACUGCCUGUAUUUGGGAUUUGAGAAGCGUUAAUGCUGAAAAGCUCGAAACCUUGAUGACGAUCAGUCACAAAAGGGCGAUUCAUUCUGCUUACUUCUCACCCUCUGGUCGCUUUCUUGCAACUACUAGUUUUGACGACAAUGUUGGUAUAUCUGGUGGAGUUAAUUUCAAAGAUUUUUCGCUGAUACCGCAUGAUAAUCAGACAGGCAGGUGGAUUUCUUCUUUCAGAGCAAUAUGGGGUUGGGAUGACUCGUACAUUUUCAUUGGAAAUAUGAAGAGAGCAGUAGAUGUUAUUUCACGGGCACAUCGGAAGAGAGUGUUCGUUUUGCAGAGCCCCAACAUAUCGGCAAUACCGUGCAGGUUUGAUGCGCACCCUUAUGAUGUUGGAAUAUUAGCAGCAGCCACGAGUGGGGGCCAGGUUUAUAUGUGGACAAUGAAUCAAGAUAUAUAAUUUGCUUGCGGCGGAGUUCUCAGGAUAAGAAUUUUGUACAUGAAUUAUUCCCAUCUCUAUUCAGUGCUAACAACCAACAAGUACUUUCUAGGUAGAAGAGUUACCUUCUUGCAAUUGGAUUUCAUGGGGUGAAUCGCAGGAAUGAAUUUUGUAGACUCUGCUCAUUAGCAAAUGAACUUUGCCAUGUAAAUUUUAUAUAAUUUUUAUUUGGCUAGGUCGACUACUCACUUCAUUUGU